CCGCCGCCGGAGCCGCUGCCGCCGCCUCUGCCGCCGCUGGAGGAGGAGUAGCAGAACAUGGCGCCGGGGCCGCCGUCCCCGCUGUCGGGAUCCCGGAGGCCGGGACCGCGCUGAGGGCGCCCAGCUGGAAGAAAUGUUGGCAAUUUGGCGAUAGAAGUGGCGAAAACUGACCUCAAACUGGUAUACACGCACUAUGGGACCUGACACUUUCGCUGCAUGGGCAGCCAGCCCUCACUGAUAAUGUCAGGAAGCCAUUGGGUCCACUGGAAAACACUAAUCUGAUCUCGGAAGUGGCUGAUUGUGGCAGGAUGUGUCGACGAUGAUGAUGGCAAGAAAGCAAGAUGUCCGCAUUCCCACCUACAACAUCAGUGUGGUGGGAUUGUCUGGGACCGAGAAGGAGAAAGGCCAGUGUGGCAUUGGGAAGUCUUGUCUGUGCAACCGCUUCGUGCGCCCGAGUGCUGAUGAGUUUCACUUGGACCAUACCUCUGUCCUCAGCACCAGUGACUUUGGUGGACGAGUGGUCAAUAAUGACCACUUUCUCUACUGGGGAGAAGUUAGCCGAUCCCUGGAGGAUUGCGUGGAAUGUAAGAUGCACAUCGUGGAGCAGACUGAAUUCAUUGAUGAUCAGACUUUUCAACCUCAUCGAAGCACGGCCCUGCAGCCCUAUAUUAAGAGAGCUGCUGCCACCAAGCUCGCAUCAGCUGAAAAACUCAUGUACUUUUGCACUGACCAGCUGGGGCUGGAGCAGGACUUUGAGCAGAAACAAAUGCCAGAUGGAAAGCUGCUAAUUGAUGGUUUUCUUCUUGGUAUUGACGUUAGCAGGGGCAUGAACAGGAACUUUGAUGACCAGCUCAAGUUUGUCUCCAAUCUCUACAAUCAGCUUGCGAAAACAAAAAAGCCCAUAGUGGUGGUCCUGACUAAGUGUGAUGAGGGCGUUGAGCGGUACAUUCGAGAUGCACAUACUUUUGCCUUAAGCAAAAAGAACCUCCAAGUUGUGGAGACCUCUGCAAGAUCCAACGUAAAUGUGGACUUGGCUUUCAGCACCUUAGUGCAACUCAUUGAUAAAAGUCGGGGAAAGACGAAAAUCAUUCCUUACUUUGAAGCUCUUAAGCAGCAGAGUCAGCAGAUAGCCACAGCAAAAGACAAGUAUGAAUGGCUGGUGAGCCGCAUUGUGAAAAACCACAACGAGAACUGGCUAAGCGUCAACCGAAAGAUGCAGGCCUCUCCCGAGUACCAGGACUAUGUCUACCUGGAAGGGACUCAGAAAGCCAAGAAGCUGUUUCUCCAGCACAUCCACCGCCUCAAGCACGAACAUAUCGAGCGCAGAAGGAAGCUGUACCUAGCAGCCCUGCCGUUAGCCUUUGAAGCGCUCAUACCCAAUCUAGAUGAAAUAGACCACCUCAGCUGUAUAAAAGCCAAAAAGCUCUUGGAGACCAAGCCCGAAUUCUUGAAGUGGUUUGUUGUGCUUGAGGAGACCCCAUGGGAUGCCACCAGCCACAUUGACAACAUGGACAACGAGCGGAUUCCUUUUGACGUAAUGGAUACCGCCCCCGCAGACCAGCUGUACGAGACCCACUUAGAGAAGCUGCGGAACGAGAGGAAAAGAGCUGAGAUGAGAAGGGCGUUUAAAGAAAACCUGGAGACCUCUCCUUUCAUAACUCCUGGAAAGCCUUGGGAAGAGGCCCGCAGUUUUAUCAUGAACGAAGAUUUCUACCAGUGGCUGGAAGAAGCAGUAUACAUGGAUAUCUAUGGCAAACACCAAAAGCAAAUUAUAGACAGAGCAAAAGAAGAGUUUCAGGAGCUCCUUUUGGAAUAUUCAGAAUUGUUUUAUGAGCUGGAGCUGGAUGCUAAGCCCAGCAAGGAGAAGAUGGGUGUCAUUCAGGAUGUUCUGGGAGAAGAACAGCGAUUUAAGGCAUUGCAGAAGCUCCAGGCGGAGCGUGACGCCCUCAUUCUGAAGCACAUCCACUUUGUGUACCACCCAACCAAGGAAACGUGCCCCAGCUGUCCGGCCUGUGUGGAUGCUAAGAUUGAGCACUUGGUUAGCUCUCGGUUUAUCCGACCAUCUGACCGGAAUCAGAAAAAUUCACUCUCUGAUCCCAACAUUGAUAGAAUCAACUUGGUUAUCUUGGGCAAAGAUGGCCUUGCCCGAGAGUUGGCCAAUGAGAUCCGAGCUCUGUGUACAAAUGAUGACAAGUAUGUGAUAGAUGGUAAAAUGUACGAGCUUUCCCUGAGGCCGAUAGAAGGGAAUGUCAGACUUCCUGUGAACUCUUUCCAAACACCAACAUUUCAGCCCCACGGAUGUCUCUGCCUUUACAACUCAAAGGAAUCUCUGUGCUACGUGGUGGAGAGUAUAGAGAAGAGUCGAGAGUCCACACUUGGCAGGCGAGACAAUCAUUUAGUCCAUCUCCCCCUGACGUUAAUUUUAGUUAACAAGAGAGGAGACACCAGUGGAGAGACUCUGCACAGCUUAAUACAACAAGGCCAGCAGAUCGCUAGCAAACUUCAGUGUGUCUUUCUGGACCCUGCUUCUGCUGGCAUCGGUUAUGGACGCAACAUUAACGAAAAGCAAAUCAGUCAAGUUUUGAAAGGACUCCUAGACUCUAAGCGUAACUUAAACUUGGUCAGUUCCACUGCCAGCAUCAAAGAUCUGGCUGAUGUUGACCUGCGAAUUGUCAUGUGUCUGAUGUGUGGAGAUCCUUUUUGUGUAGACGACAUACUCUUUCCUGUCCUACAGUCUCCAGCCUGUAAAUCUUCCCACUGUGGAAGCAACAACUCUGUUUUACUUGAACUACCAAUCGGACUACACAGGAAGCGCAUUGAACUAUCUAUUCUUUCAUACCAUUCCUCGUUUAGCAUCAGAAAAAGCCGGUUGGUCCAUGGGUACAUUGUUUUUUAUUCAGCCAAACGUAAGGCCUCCUUGGCCAUGUUACGUGCCUUUCUUUGUGAAGUGCAGGAUAUCAUCCCCAUUCAGCUGGUCGCACUCACUGACGGCGCUAUAGAUGUCCUAGACAAUGACCUCAGUCGGGAGCAGCUGACCGAGGGGGAGGAGAUUGCUCAAGAAAUCGAUGGCAGGUUCACAAGCAUCCCCAGUAGCCAACCCCAGCAUAAACUUGAGAUCUUCCACCCGUUUUUUAAAGAUGUGGUGGAGAAAAAGAACAUUAUUGAGGCCACUCACAUGUACGAUAAUGCUGCUGAGGCCUGUAGCACCACUGAGGAGGUGUUUAACUCCCCCCGGGCGGGCUCUCCGCUGUGCAACUCAAAUCUGCAGGAUUCAGAAGAGGAUAUCGAGCCCCCUUCUUACAGCCUGUUUCGAGAAGACACGUCACUGCCCUCUCUGUCCAAAGACCAUUCUAAGCUCUCUAUGGAACUGGAGGGAAAUGAUGGGCUGUCUUUCAUCAUGAGCAAUUUUGAGAGUAAACUGAACAACAAAGUACCUCCGCCAGUCAAACCAAAGCCUCCUGUCCAUUUUGAAAUUACAAAGGGGGAUCUGUCUUACUUAGACCAAGGCCAUAGAGAUGGACAGAGGAAGUCUGUGUCUUCUAGCACCUGGCUACCUCCGGAUGGGUUCGAUCCUUCUGAUUACGCCGAACCCAUGGAUGCUGUGGUCAAGCCAAGGAACGAAGAAGAAAACAUAUAUUCAGUGCCCCAUGACAGCACCCAAGGCAAGAUCAUCACCAUUCGGAAUAUCAACAAAGCCCAGUCCAACGGCAGUGGGAAUGGUUCUGACAGUGAAAUGGACACCAGCUCUCUAGAGCGAGGCCGCAAGGUAUCCAUCGUGAGCAAGCCAGUGCUGUACAGGACGAGAUGCAGCCGGCUGGGGAGGUUCGCCAGUUACCGAACCAGCUUCAGCGUGGGGAGCGAUGAUGAGCUGGGGCCCAUCCGGAAGAAAGAGGAGGAUCAGGCAUCCCAAGGUUACAAAGGGGACAAUGCUGUCAUUCCGUAUGAAACAGACGAAGACCCGAGGAGGAGGAAUAUCCUUCGCAGUCUAAGAAGGAACACUAAGAAACCAAAGCCCAAGCCCCGGCCAUCCAUCACGAAGGCAACCUGGGAGAGUAACUAUUUUGGGGUCCCCUUAACAACCGUUGUGACUCCAGAGAAGCCGAUCCCUGUUUUCAUUGAGAGAUGUAUUGAAUACAUUGAAGCCACAGGACUGAGCACUGAAGGCAUCUACCGGGUCAGCGGGAACAAGUCCGAGAUGGAGAGCCUGCAGAGACAAUUUGAUCAAGACCACAACCUGGACUUGGCAGAGAAAGACUUUACAGUGAACACCGUGGCUGGUGCCAUGAAGAGCUUUUUCUCAGAACUGCCAGACCCCCUGGUCCCAUACAACAUGCAGAUUGACCUGGUGGAGGCGCACAAGAUCAACGACCGGGAGCAGAAGUUGCAUGCCCUUAAGGAGGUACUCAAGAAAUUUCCAAAGGAAAACCACGAAGUCUUCAAAUAUGUCAUCUCUCACCUGAACAAGGUCAGCCACAACAACAAGGUGAAUCUCAUGACCAGCGAGAACCUGUCCAUCUGCUUCUGGCCCACGCUGAUGCGGCCCGACUUCAGCACCGUCGAUGCACUGACGGCCACGCGCACCUACCAGACAAUCAUCGAGCUUUUCAUCCAGCAGUGCCCUUUCUUCUUCUACAAUCGGCCCAUCAGCGAGCCUCCUGGCGCCACGCCCAGCUCCCCCUCUGCCAUGGCUUCCACAAUGCCCUUCCUCACCUCCACACCGGCCACCAGUCAGCCGUCACCCCCCCAGUCACCUCCGCCCACCCCCCAGUCCCCGAUGCAGCCACUACUCCCCUCCCAGCUGCAGGCCGAGCACACGCUGUGAGUCCCCAAGGCCCGGGGCAGAAGGAGGCUCGGUCUUCUCUCUUCAGGGUGGCAUUUGGCCUUGAACGCAGCCAGGUCCACUGGGGCAGGCGUGGGAGGGUGCCCCCUCUCCCCUGUCCCCUCCUCAGGACCUCAGCAGUAGCACCAGCCAACAGUCCACCAUAGGCUGGGCUGUCAGGCACCAAGCCCAGUGCUGCAGACCUGGGGCUGGCUACAGGCGGCAGCCGGGGGCCCUGCCCUUUGACAUGAACCCCUCUGAGGACUGAACUGGCCAGGCAGCAGCCCCGUCGGCCCUCCAUGCGCUCACUGCUCCCCGACGCCUGCCCACGCACACCAGCCUUGGGUCACCUGCUGCUGGGACAGCCCUAGCCUAUGCCAGCGGGAGGAGGAGGUUCCAGGAUUCAUGCCACCCCAGGGCGGGGCUGGCAACCCCUGAGGAGAACAUUUCCCGCCUGUCUCUUCCCACCUUCCAUACCUGCACCCCCACCCAGUUAGGGGUGCAGCCUGUCUGGCAACCUCCUUGGGAACACGUAGGCCACGGCUCUGCCACCCCAGGUACAGUGCUGAGGGCGACUGCCCAGCCCGUCAGAACAGAGGGAGGUAGCUUCAUGCCUGGACCAAGAGAGGGCGGCUUUUCCCCUCUGGCCCUCACAUCCCCCCUCCCCUUCGCAGGCUUCGGGGAUACAUUCCCUUUACAACAAAGGAACACUGGGAGGAAAAUGGAAAAACCCAUGUAAUAAUUUUAAAAAAGAAAAAGGAAGGCACUACAGGAAGAAAAACUACAGACCUCAAGAUUCAGCCCUCCUCCCACCUCUGAGAGGGAAACAGGUGGAAGGAAGGUGGACCUUGUCUUUGUGACAGCAAAACAAGGAGGCGCAGGGGUGGCUGCCUGAGAGCCUGUUGGGGCCCACUUACGUCCUGUCACCAGAUCCCCCUUUCCCCAAGAAGACAGUUUGAGCCCUUGGUGCGAAGAGCUGGGGAGAGCAGCUGACCAGCCUGGAACCUGGUCCGCCUUGGAACACACUACAAGCUGAGGAAACACUACUUUGUGUGUGUGUGCGCAUGUGCGUGGGGGGGGAGGGCAUGCCUGUGAGGGAGGGCAUAGCUGACGGUGCCGGGGUGCACUUGGGGUUUGGUUUAGUGUACUUGGUGUUGAAGUGGAAUCAUUUUCAUCCUGGGCUGUAGUAUGCCGCCAGCAGGGGUAUUUUGGGAAGUGGGCAGGAGUGGGGAACUGAAGUACGGUGGUCUGCUGGCGCCCGCCCAGGGGCAUCCUUCAUGCUCCCAAGGCCAGAAGGGCCCAGAGGAGCUACAGGCACAAAAGCCAUCAGUCACGAGGAGAGCAUCUUGCCUGCCUGUCACACCACCGCUGCCGCCGCCCCACUGCCAUGGCCUUCCCCUCAGCUUCCUGGCCUUUCCACUGGCCCCUGGGAGAGCCCUUCCCCCCACCCCCUAAACACAUCAACCCUGCUAAGGCUGCUACAGAUAUUGGCUGCCCUCCACUCCUGGUGUCUGGGCCGUGGCCUCUGCAGGGGAAGAGCCUGACACUAAGGUACCCAGGGCGUGGGUGUGGGGUAGAGGGCCCCGCAAGCCACACAGUCCUCCGGGUCUCGUGCACUUUAAGCAGCAGCACCUGUGGUAUGUUUCAGGGUGCCCUGGGUCACCCCAGCCGGGUGGCCUGAUGAGUAAGAUGCCUCAGAACAACCUCCAGCCACCCCAGCCCCACACGCGCUUCAUGUUGACUGGCGGGUGCAGCAGGCCCCUUGCUGACUUCCUCUGGAUAAGCUGGAUACCUUAACUGUCUCUAGUUCUCUUACGGCGAAGUAAGGUGCUUGGGAAGCUAAAUUAUCCCUGCAAGUUUCAUCCCCUCUUUUAAGAUGUCAAAAAGCAAACCCAAGGUACAGGAAUGUUUUAUGUACAUGUUGGAUGGUGGAUGUUCUCUUCUGGUGGAGCUGUGCCUGGUGCUUUAGAUGGGGUGGGCCGGAGGGUGGUAUUUGUGUUUAGUUUUGACAGAGAUUGGCAGACCCCCAGGCCGGUGAGGAAAUUAAUUUCUUGCUCUUUCUAGGUCAUGCUCACCUACUUCCAGUCAGCCCUUCAAGGUAUUGGGUUCCAUUUGAAGGAAAGCCUUGGGGGUGGCCUGGAGCCACUGUCCCUUGUGUGAACUAAAACAAGUAGCCUGCUUCCCUCCCACUGCCCAGUCUACACUGCACCUUGUGCUGGGGCACUAGGCCACCCCCCACACUACUGCCACCUGCAACCUUGGCUCUGCACCAGGAACUCACCCCCAACGCCCUUGGCUUUCCACACCACCCCAUCCCUACACAGAUAUGCACAUGGCAGGGGUAUUGGGGGGUGGGGCAGAGAGGAGGAGCGACUGCUUUUCCGGCUUCACUCCUGUGGAGCUCGCCUCCGGCCCCACAGCACCCCCUGGUCGCCAGCCUGAGCAGCCGCAGGCCCUUCUCACACCUGCUGGUGUCCUGCCAGGACUUGAAAGGUGCAGGUGGGAAGGGCUUAUGCCCCGCCAGAGCCACAGUGGGCAGGAAGGUCCAGGGCUUCCUCUUGUUUCUGUUUCCUCUGCUAACUCUCAAGUUUCUUUUUUGCUUCUGCAGGCUGACUCGGACUAGGGGAUAUUUUCUGGUCAUUCUGAGUUGGCAUUGCCACUUAGCAGUACUGGGCUUAAACAGUACCGGGGGUUCGGCAUUUGGACCAAAUAGGCACUUGGAGGAGACCCAUAAGGGAGAGCCGGGGCGUAUGAUGGAAUGCUGCCCACAGCUUGGAACUGAGGAUGGCAGGUAAUGACAGGCUCAGCCUGGUAGGGGACCUGGUCCGUCCGUGCCCCACAGCAGAAUAGUGGUAUGCCCGGCAGCUCUUUCCCUGCCCAACGUUCUUAUGCCCACAAGAGUGUAGAUGCCAUGCUUGGGGAGAAUGGACAACCCUUGGUUGUAAGCAGAAGGCUGAUCCUGCCACGACGGGAGGAAGGGAGAUGGUCCGCGGUCAAGAGGCAUUGCUUGUGCAUUCACCCCGAAUUAUUGGCUGUGUUACCAUCAGGUAUCAGCAUUCUGUCAAGUCGGUCCCAUCACCUGACACGAGAAGCAACACAGAGAACUUUGCAGUACUGUUUCUAUGCAUUCUGCACCCCACUGCUGGUUUGGUCUUUCUUCCUGCUUAACACAGGAAGCAUGCUGACGGGCAGUUCCGGUAGAAUGUGUCUGCCAGGUGGACAGCAGGUGAUGCAGGAGCAGAGCACUGGUCAGAGGGCCUGGGAGAGGGCUCCCUCCCUGUCCCUGUGCCUCCACUCCUGGGGGGAUGGGAGCCUAUGGGGAGACCUUCCCCCAGGAGAAGGGUGUUCCAGCCUUAGCCCUGAAACUUGAAAACAAACUGCAGCAUUUGUAAUCUAAAGUCAUCUCCAUCUGCACCCCUUCCCAUCCUCUCUUAUGAGAACACACUGCUUUGGGGGUGUCUGCUACACAAAGUAGUGGCCAAGGAAACGUGGGCUGGGAACCCCUGGGGCUCUGCUCAGCCACCUGCUGUUUCAGGGAGGAGGCUCUAGGGACUUGGGUGAGUUGCUGGGGACCAGGUUCCCUCACUCCACAAUUCUCGUGUGCUGCCAUGGUUCAUGAGAACGGACCCAAAGAGCUGGGGUUAGUCAUAGUGCUCGCUUGGCAGACAGUGGACAGUUGCCCUCACUCCUAUUGCUUGGCAGGUUCAAGCCACUCAUUUGCACUUAGGUGAAAGGACAGAGUCGUGUAUGCCAGAAACCUAAGUCACAUCCGGGACUGUGUUGGGGAUGACACCAGGGACGGGACAGUGUGAGGGGAAAGGCCAUUCUCCUCUCCCGAGGUCUGGGCCUCCCCAGGCUGUACCUGUGUCGCUAUCUUAGGGGUCCUUCCCUCUUCUGGGGGCCACCUUUCAGCUGGCCUGCCUGCCUGCCAGCCUGCGGACUCCUCGAGGCCAAAGGUGACCGCCCCUCUGCUCCCACCUCACCGGCUCCAGCAGCCCUCCUUCGGCUGCUCAAACAGCAGUGAUGUUACACUUUCGAUGUAGUUGAGACAGGGCGUAAGUUAUUGUUUGCAUAAAAAAGAAUCAUGUUCCCUGUGUACAUUAAAGAAAAACGAAAUGUCUCUGAAUUGUAUGGGAAUAAAACUUGUUUGAAAAUUUGGAAUAGUGCUGCUGCCAGCUUAUUUUUCUGGUACUUGUAUUUUCACAUGUUAAAUGAUCUUUAUAUAUGUUGAAUUAACAAAUAUUUUGAGUUUCCUGAGAAAAAAAACAUUAAUGGUAUUGAAAUGUGUUAGUAGUCUGGCCAUGUGCCCAAAAUUCUGUUUUGCAGCAAAAGUGGAGAACUGUAUGUAAAGAAAGUAUAACAGUUAUUUCUUUGUAUUUUAGGGGCUUUAACCAGGACAUCCUCUAGAUGGUGUUAGGAAUGUUUGCUUAAUUUCCAGACUUUUUUGUUUUUUUGAACACGUCGUGGGUAUUUUGAGGCUCCAACCUGACUAGUGCAUGGUCAGCCGGCAACUGAGGCUGAGGCAUCUCUGACGGAGGUGUUUUUGUUUGGUUUUGUUUUUUAAAAUCAUGUAUUUGCUACAAAGUAUUGUACUUGUCUCAAUGGGAAUGGUGUAAAAAACUGAAAAGGCCUUAUGUGAUAUGUAUCAUAGUUAAUAAAUCCGUCUUGUAAAAAACCAAA